CAAAUCUUACUCUUACAUUGCUCAGUUAUGCCUAAAUACUUAUAGUUUGUUAAAUUCGUGAGCUACUCGCUCACGAAGAUUGACGUUAAUUAUUACUUUAAAAAGUGUAUCGUUUUGUGAUAUCGUUUCCCCACGUAAUAUACAUAAAUAAAGUUUGUUUCGUUGAAGAAAAGAUGACGUGCGAAGUGUCAAAUUGUUGAAGAGACGACGCUGAUGAAAGAAGUUUAUCGUAUGAAAUAUUGCAUCCAGCUGGAUUUAACGUCCGUUCGAGAUUCUAUUUCAAACUGAGAUAAUUCGAUGUCAUGAAUUUAUUAAGUGGCAAUCUCUUCUUCUUGUGAUGUUUUAGAUAUUGCAACUUGGUAAACAAUUAAAUGCACAGUAGAAUCCUCAAAACAACAGUAAUAAAUGGGGAAAGUCAAAAAAAGGUCGAUAUUGCUGCAUAGCAAUCCUUCUCAGAAUGUGAUACGCAACCUUAUGUUAAGAGAUUUAGGUCUUCAUAGUAUAAACAAAACUAGUGCACGAGAACUUGAAUCUAUAGCGGAAACAAAUCUUGUUUUGAAGAGUCAUAGAGAGUUGAAAUGCGAUCUACCUGGGAUUCCUAGAGCUACUUUUUUAAUGGUCUUUAGUCCUGAUGGGACUAAACUAGCAUCUACACAUGGAAAUCACAAUGUAUAUAUUACAGAAGUUAAGACAGGAAAAAAUAUAAGAACCCUUUCUGGUCAUCCACGUACACCAUGGUGUAUAGCUUUCCAUCCAUCUUCAAGUCAAAUAUUAGCUUCUGGCUGCCUCGGUGGUCAAGUUCGUGUAUGGGAUUUAAGUGGAGGUAGCGAAAUAUGGAAUGCUGUAAGUCAUACUGUUAUUGCAUCUCUUGCAUUCCAUCCAUCCGAACAGUUGCUCGCAAUAGCAACUUUCAAUGAAAUUCAUUUUUGGGACUGGAGCAAAUCCGAACCUUUUGCAGUAGCUUCAACAGGAUCGGAUCAAGAAAAAGUGAGGUAUGUAGCAUUUGAUAAUCUUGGAAGAAAAUUAAUCACAGGUAUCGCUAAUAUUUUACCAUAUCGACCAAAGAAAGACCGUCCUCCUUUAGAACAACCGUACAGAACCCUUUUAAGGUAUAUCAUAAGAAAUCAACUGGAAGGCAUUCAAGAUCCUGAAGCAAUACCACGAUAUCAUUUAUGGGAUACAACACUUCGUCAAUUUAGAAUGAUGAAUAGUUAUACGAGAAGAACACAAAACUUUAAUAAUGCAUCUGAUCUCAGAGCUGUUAGAAUGCCAAGAAAUCCUCCUAAUACAUCAGAGGUAUUACCUGACUCAAGAGACAGACAAAGAAAUUCCGCUUCAUUAAGAAGAGUAUUCGAUGAAAUUGUACGAAAUUUAUGCUCCGAGCAUGUAUAUAAUACAGAAAAUGUGCACGAUGAAACUUUGGACGAUGAAAAUAGUGGAGAACAAUCUGAGAAUGGAUAUUGGCUUCUUGAAGAAAAUAGUAAUUCAGAUUCGAAUCUUGACGAAGCAAGUACGAGUAAUGCUUCUAAUUCAAGAAGAUGGACUAGUCGUUGGAUUCAAUUAGACUCGUCCAAUAGAAAUUAUAAUAAUAAUAAUCGUACAUCUUCGCUCGUUGAACCAACGCAUACAAGAUUUACAUCCGAUGAAAUAAUUCAAAGGGCUCAGAAUAGGCUUUCUAAUAGAAAUCAAAUAACUCUGACAUCUGCUAAUUCUUUAAGCUACGAACAACCACCAUUAUAUCCAUUCAGAAGUUUACAAGAAAGUCAAUUUAGAAGAUUAGUACAACGUACAGUAUCAGAUGCUAAUCCUUCCAGUAGUUCGAUUAAUCAUCAUCAACAACAACCUGUAAAUCCUCCUGCGAAUACGAAUAACGUAUCAAUGAAAAGAGAAUAUUCAAGCACAAACAACGAUACUAAUACACAAGAAACAAAUAUACCUCGAAAAAAAGAAAGAACAGAAGGUGAAAGUUCAACGGAAAAUCAACAACAAAGAGAAAAUAAUCAAGCUGAAAAUCAAUUAAGAGGUAAUAAUGUUCGUUCUGAACGAUUAAGUCGUAAUACGAAUGAAUCUAAUGCUAAUAUUAGAGAUAUAGGCGGGGAAGGAUUUAGAAGAUGGAGAUUAUCCCUUAAUCGAGAUGUCGGUCUUCAUCCUUUGGAAAUUAGACUUAGAAUACGUCUUCUUGGACGGCGGAUAGAUACUAUGCAACGUUUAUGUAGAGCUAGAAUAGAAAUUGCCCAAUUACAGCAAGUGCGUAGAAUGUGGGAAGACUUGCAAGAUCAAAUACGUUCGCUCCACGUAACUGUACGAGUUGAAGGACAAAAUAAUAAUCGUGAAACAUCAGCAGGACAAUCUAAUAUAAGUACAAACGCUAGGCCUUCGACUUCUGGACAGAAUUCUUCUUCAAUGUCAACAGAUUCCCAAGGCGAAUCUACUAAAAAAUUUAACAAGACUCUUUUAGAAAGUUUUAAGAGAGAGAAUAGUGAGACUGGUAAUACUAAAGUAUGUGAUCAAAAUCAACCUUCAACAUCUACAGGAAUAACAAGUUCAUCAAAAUUUGUCAAUAGUGAUUCACAAAAUCAUAGUAACAGUAACGAUGAGACAGAAAAUUCUACUAACAUACGGUUAUCAAAUUUAUUACCAAGCGAAUCUGAAUUACGUGAUAUGGAGACGCAUAAUUUAUCUAAUAUAUUGGACAAUCUGUUCUCGCAAUGUCAGAAUUGUAAUCUUCCUGAUAAUUCACAGUACACAAAUAAUGCGAUAAAUGAUCAUACUUAUUCUAAUUUAACAAAUAACGAUGGAAAUGUACAGUUACCAAGUAUUUCAAGUCUUGUUUCUAAUAUUGGAAUUGCAUCUAAUUUACAAACUAUUUCUUCAAUUACUACUGCAACUUCUCAAACACCUAACGUUUCGCAUUUAGUUAAUAACCAAGUAAAUAAUCCAAGUUCUGUUACAAAUGAAACAGCGCAGACAAGUGAUAACGUAGAGUAUUCUUCUGAAGAUGUAAAUACGCAACUUAAUAAUAAUAACACUAAUAAUAAUGAAUACGUUAAUACUAAUAUAGAAGAUUCAUCUAAUAUUUCGGAAAAUUUAAAUCAAAGAAUACAAUCCGAGUCAUCGUCGUCAAAUAAUAUCAAUUCACAAAACAGACCACAUAUAUUCCAAAGAAUUCUUAAAUAUGGACAACGAACGUACUUAAGAAAUUCAAGAUUAUCGCCACUGGCAACUAAAAGAGGUUCCAGAUCACAUUCAAGCAAUGAAAGUAGUUCUCGUGAAAAUGUAAGAAGGCCAUGGCAUUCGCGUAGAAAUCCUCCCAACAUAUGCGACAGUACAUCCAAUGAAAAUAGUAGUGAAAGAAACCAAGUGCAAAGUACUUCAGAAUUUUUACAAGUAAUGAUACUUCGAUUGGAAUUUUUAGUACGUCAACAAAGAUUUCUUGCUCAAAAUAAUAAUAUCAGUAGGAGUUUUGAUAGUAACAAUCAAAUGGACAAUAUUUUUAAUAGUGAAAACGAAGAAAUUGAACAAAUUCGUGAGGCAACUCGUCUUCAAGCUAGACAAGUUCUUAGUUUGAUGGUAGGAGGUUUAACGCAGUUUAUUCAAAUGAACAGACCUGAAAAUGGAUCGCAAAGUAAUAUGCUUUACGAACAAAUCUAUAAGAUGUAUUUUUUACUACACUUAGCAUUAGAAUUAACGGAUUUGUUAUUAGCUCAAUUGGUAUCUACGAGACAAGAAUUAGAGUCUAGUCAAUAUGGACCGUAUGGUUCUGAUCUCUCGUCUCAGAGUAAUAAUAGGACAGAAAUACCUCGAAGUAAUAAUCUAGAUAAUCGUUUACAAACGGAAGAAUAUAAUUCGAGGAACAACGUACAAGUAGUAUCGGAAAAUAAUGACGAAACAGAAAUUUUUGAAAGAAAUAUCGAUGCAGAAAAUCCUAGAACGUCGCUUGAGAUAAAUCAAGCAAACACAGAAGAUCUUUUUUCAUUACAAACUAAUAGAAAUCGUCAGAACAUGGCAGAACGAUUGAAAAGAUUGUUCUUUCAUCCGCAACAACUUGAUACGGAAUCGCAAAGUAAUACUAACGAAGAACGUCAAAAUUUGAAUCAUCUAACUUCACAUGUUAACAAUUCUAUAAAUACUGAUAACACUGCUACUUUUACCACUCAAAAUCAUGAGUUUCAGCAAGCAGGUACAAGCACUGCUAAUAAUUUAUCGGAACAUGCAUUGUCUGUUGAGAUACAGAAUAUUAUUGAAAGGAUUCAAAACAAUAGUUCUACUAGUACCGAUAGCUCGACAGAAAAUAGUAGAAGGCGAAGUAAUUUAUAUCCCUUAAGUAAUAGCAUUACCUACAGAAAUAAUGGUUCUCGUGAGUUACGUGGUUCUCACGAGGCUAGUAAUACAACUGUUAAUAGAAGAGGACUUAGAAAUUAUUGGCAAUAUACGUCAAUUGGACUUAAUCAGUAUUUAAACGAAAACGAACAAAGAAAUCAAAGAUUAAAUUGGAGUAAUCUUAUUCAAAACGAACAAAAUGCUAGAAGACCGUUGAGUUAUCAGGGACCUGGUUUGCCACCACCAAUAAUAAGGAGAGUCUCAGCACCUUUUCGUGGCUAUGUUAAUAGAUACCUUCAAAGGGAUCGUAUUAGACGUAGAAUAUCUUAUAGAAAUGGAGUAUCUCGCAGACAAGAAUUAAAUGUUCCAGUUAUACGAGUAAAUGGAAUACCAUUGAAUGAAUUACGUAAUUUGCCAGGAAGUCAAAGAAGGAGACACAUUACUCCGUCUCAUAUUCUUCCACCAUACUUAAUUGAUAGUUUUCCUAAUGAUGUUGAAAGAAAUGGUAAUAACAAUAACAAUAAUAUUAAUAAUAGUAAUAAUAAUAAUAAUAAUAGUAAUAAUAAUAAUUAUUAUCAUCAACCUGGACCAAGCUCGAUAUAUCCAUAUCAUAAUAGAACCAGGAAUCUGCAUCAAAUAUUAAGUCCAAUAGUUUUGGCACAAGCUAUGUGGCGUAAUCGUACAUUCGGGCGUUAUUCUGAAUUUGGUAUUAACUAUCCACCAUCUAGAAAUGCUAGUAGUAAUAUGACUGGAAGAGGAGGUAGUGGCGGAGGUGGAGGUGGUGGAGGCGGGGACGGAGAUGGUGAUGGAGGAGGAAUAAGUGGUGGAGGACAAGAUACUGGAAAUGAUGAUAGUGAUGAUAUCGAUCUUGGAGAUCAUCACAUACCAGUAACUAUGACAGUUAAUAGCAUUGAAACUCAAACUUAUCGGGUUCAAGCAUGGGAUUUUUCUAACGGUGAAAUUCCAGACCUAACUGAUCCAAAGAAAAAUAUUGUUGUCCACGAAUGUAAGAUUCAUAACGAUGCAAGUAUUGAUAUUUCAUCCGAUGGAAAAAUGAUAACAACGUUACUGUCAUCGCCAGGAGCACAUAAUAUCGGGACAAAUUUAGGUAUAUACAGUUUGCAAUGGGAAACUUUAGGAGAAAAAAUUUAUUCGACAAAAAUAGAUCAAACAGUUGUAUCUGUAUCAAUGUCACCAACAAAGCAACAUCUUUUAGUUGGUUUAGCAUCGCAAAGAAUUCGUCCAAGAGGAUUUCUAAUGGCAUUAAUUUACAAACUCACUGAUAAAGAAUCUACUAAAGAAAAACAAUGUAUAGUAGAACAAAUAGACCCAGAAUAUUAUAACGAACACAGUGAUUCAUAUAGAACGGAUGAGUUUGUACAUGGUACUGAUAAUGUUGGUAAUCCAAGACCAAACAAUGACGACAUCAAUAGACAGGAUCAAGAUUGGCGCCAUCGUAGCAUAAGAACUGAUUUGGAUAUUAAAGAUAAUAAAAGAAAUAUGGUGCUUAUUAGAAAACUGUUGCUAUAUAUUCCAGGAAGUACUGGAUAUGUUAGUUUAAAUUGUAUAAGAUGGGCACCACAACCUGGCCAAGGAAUGGUUUAUGCUACAAAUACAGGCCAAUUAAAUAUUCUCCAUUGAUGUAUCUGUGAGAAUGUGAUCCGAUAUUUUAUUCUAUAUAUGUUAAUAAAUUUAAGUUAAGUUAAUAUAUUAAUUAAAUUACGUUGGAAAUAAUAAAGUGAAAUUGUAGAUUUGUGAAAAGGAAAAAAUUCAAAAAAGGAAAAAAAUUUCCUGAAACGUAUUCACGAUAUGAUGUGAAUUAGUCAAGUAUAUAAUAUGUCAUUUACGAUUGUAAUAUCUUUUUUCUUGUAGAUUGUAAAAGAUUAAAAAAAAGUACCGUGCCGCGUAUAUGAUAUCAGUGUUCUUAUCAUAAUGAAUUUCAGCUCCGUACUCGUAGUUUAAAGAAAAGAAAAAAAAAACAGAAAAAUGGCGCAAAAUUCCGCGAGGGGCUGUGCCUUAAAUUUUAAUUUUUAAAAAGCAUUGUUAUUAAAUUUUUAUGUUCUAUGGGGAGAAAGAGAGAUUGUAAAAACAUAGAAUAUGACGGAUAAAUGUAUCGAUAUAUAUGCAUUUGAUUAAUAUGUUAAUAUAUAGUUUGUAAGUUCACUACAUUUGAAUAAUUUAAUAGUAUAUCCAAUUUAUAUUGCCUGACUGACUUUUAAUUAUGAUCUGAACAUCAUUUUAAUUGUGAUAACUUGUAGGAAUAAAAUCCUCUUUAAUUAUAAGAAAAUCAUCACACACGAUAUCAAUAUGUAUUUGUUAAUAUAAUUGUGAUGCAACUAAUUAAUAAAUUGUGCAUGAACGAA